AUGUUCCCCAUGUUCAACUCGCCGCCACCUGCGCCUGCGCACCCCUCCGCCGACUCGAGCGUGUACAAGUCGUGCUCGUGCUCGUGCACGUCAAAGAAGACUGUCGCCGACCAGCCGACAUCCUUCCCGCAGACCCGCGGACGGCUCGACGCAGACUACGCCGCGUACCUGACAGGCAAAGGAGGUGCGAUCGUGAACUGCCCCGAGCCUCCGCGCGCUAUCAUUGCCCAGCCUGUCGUGCGCUGCCCCGCUCCCGAGCGCUUGUCGCGACCUACAUCCCCCGUGCGAACAGAACGGCGGGACGAGCAGCCGAAACCCGCGCCGUGCUCGUACCCCCCUCAAGCGCCCGCCAAGUGGUACGACGACACGGUCACGCCGACGGCGAGCCGGCCCCCCUCCCCAAGGAAGAGGCAGUGCGAGGACUCGCCCGCGCUCCUGGCCAAGCGCAUGUGCAUGAAGAAGAAGGCUGCUUCUGCAGCUUCUGCGAACAGCUCGCGCGCCGCUUCGCGCGUCACGAGCCCCGUCGCUGAGGCAAAGGACGAGAAGCCCGCUGUCGUCAAGAGCGAGACGCCAGCGGCGGCCACAGCGGCGACGGCAGUGCAGAACGGCGGACCCGGAGAGAAGGCUGCGGAGCCCGCGGAGACCCAGACGGCGGACACCAAGGUCAACACUGCCACCUGA